AAGCCUCUCUUUCUAGCUAUCAGGUAUAUAAAGAGGACUCAGCUGUGGAACUAAGAACCGUGGAAUCAUUCUUCCCUCACUGGUCAUUUUUUUCUCCAAAUCUUGCUUUAUUUCCAUCACUUGACCUUCUGGACUCUGAACUGAGCAGACAUUUCUGCUAGACUGAGCCACACCCAGCACAACGAGAUCAAACUAUCUCCCGUUACUAUGGAUAUUGCUAUCCAACACCCCUGGUUCAGACGUGCCCUGGGCUCCUUCUAUCCCGCCCGCCUCUUUGACCAGUUUUUUGGAGAGGGAAUCUUUGACUAUGACCUUUUCCCCUAUGCUUCUUCUACUAUCAGCCCCUAUUACAGACAUUCACUGUUCCGCAACAUUUUGGAUUCCUCCAACUCUGGCAUAUCUCAGGUGAGGUCUGACAGGGACAAGUUUACAGUCUACCUGGACGUCAAGCACUUUUCUCCCGAGGAGCUCAGUGUGAAGGUGACUGAAGACUAUGUGGAGAUCCAGGGAAAGCAUGGAGAAAGACAGGAUGACCAUGGUUACAUCGCUCGUGAGUUUCACCGCCGCUACCGCCUCCCCUCCAGUGUUGAUCAAUCAGCCAUUACCUGCACCCUGUCAGCUGAUGGCAUGCUAACUCUGACCGGGCCCAAGGUCAGCGGAGGGAGUGACUCUGGUCGCAGUGAUCGCAACAUCCCUGUUACCCGUGAUGACAAGCCCAAUGCUGCCUCAUCCUCCUAGAGUGUAACGGAUUCUGAUGUGAUUAAGUUCCCAAACAAUUUGAUUCGUCUGGGAUAACCCACAACAGAAUUGUUCCUCUACCUUUUCCGAAGAGGAUAUCUGCUUCCUCACUUUUACUUCUGUAGUUCCUUCUUAGUUGAUGCUUACAGCAACUAGCUUCAUCGCUAUUGAGUCUAAUAAAAGUCAGCUCAUAAGAUAAUGGUCUUAAGUGAAAUGACACAUUGAGACUUUUUUUACUGAUUGUUACCUGAGAAUACAGAUGGCUGGGGAUAAGUAUUUAAUCCCAUAUAUUCCACCAGUAACAUCCUCUGAGGCCCUGCUGACUAUGACCCUUUUCUUUGUCUUCUAUAUAACUUGUAAUGUAGCGUAGACCUUGUUCAGCGAAUACCUGAACCCCGCUGAGAAGUUCAUAUUAAAGAAACCUACAAUAAAGCUGUACACUUAAAACA